GGCUGUAAAGUUGUUAGACGAGCAUGAACAGUCUGCAAAAACAAUUCCCCGAAUUUUGAAACAAAUUACGACAGACAGACUUUAUUCUAGAGGCGGGAUAUACGUUCAUUAAUCAUGGGUAUAUAGGUGCUGUUCCAAAAUCGGUGAUUACGGCCGAGCAAAGAUUCCAAGAUGAGGUAAGAAGGCAACCUACCAACUUCUUCAUGAGGAAGAAGCUAUCUGCAUGGAAAAAAGGUCGGGACUCAGUGGCCGAUUUUCUACAGGCCGAUCCAAAGGACGUUGUUCUUGUUCCGAAUGUCACAACAGGCAUCAGUACCAUUUUGAUGUCAAUUCCUUUUAGAAUGGGGGAUACCAUCCUGGUCACCAAUCAGGCAUUUCCAGCCACAAACAACGCAUGCGCACAGAUCUUACAGCAUCACAAAGGUGUAAAGACUAAAGUGGUCAACAUUGACGUACCUAUCCAGGAUACAGCUCAAGUAGUCAACCUGUACAAAGAGGCGCUGGACAAUGAUGCGAGCGUCCGAGUUGUUGUUAUUGAUUAUAUAACUUGCUUGUGCGCUAUGCAGCUCCCGGUGACAGAAAUUGUACAGCUAUGUCGGAGGUACAACGCUAUUACCGUCAUCGAUGGUGCGCAUGCCCCUGGACAUGUUCCGCUUUGUCUUCACAGAAUGAAAGCUGACUAUUUCACAGGAUCUUUUCAUAAAUGGAUGUUUACGCCAUGGGGGUGUGCAUUUGCUUGGAAGAAUAAGAAGGUUGCUUUCCCGCUGAGAUCCCUCACGUCUUCAUCUCCAAAUGACGACCUUGUGUCACAGUUCUGUCUGCAAGGCACUAGGGACGAAAGUUGUUACAAUGCCCUACCUACCGCUGUAGCAUACAUCAAAAGUAAAGGAGGACUAGAGCGAAUAUCGGCAUACAACACGAGACUUUUACAGAUGGCGUCAGACCAUCUGAUAUCGUUGUGGAACACGAGUAAGCUACUGAUCCCAUCCUCCAUGGAGCCCCCGUUCCUGAGGUUGAUACGUCUCCCAGAAAUCCCUGGCUUCGGGACCUCCAAGGAAGAUGCCGAUUCCCUGAUGGACCUCAUGUACGAAAACUACCAUAUAGACGUCUGUCUGAAGUCCGCGAACAACCAGCUGUAUGUCCGUUUGUCUGUCCAGAUAUACAACUGUUUGGAUGAUUACAAGAUAUUAGGGGAGGCCGUUAUAUCGUUGGUGGGGAAGGAAAAAAAGGGGACUCUGGAUAGCGACAUUAUCUAGCAGGUUGAUGAAGUUAAUAUGUCAUUUCCGAGACACAAAAUGUACAAGUUUCUGGAACAAGUCAUGUGAUUUGGCAGUCACGUGGUACAUAAGGGGCCAUGUAUACUUCAAGUGUAGGUAAAUUAAUAACAAUGUAAUUUCGUCUAAGUGUAAAUUUGGUAACGGAAAUGGCAGAAAUUUCAUAUCUUUCAUGAAUGGUAUAUCUACUGACUAGCGCUUUCUCGUUAGACAUGAAGUCGAGAACUGCACAGCAGUGUAUUAACAUAUUGUUGUAACAACUUGACAAUUAUUAGAUUAUUUGUGUUUAUCGAAAGUACACAGUCCCCUUCCAAGUGACAUGCGUAUCUACAAUCCGGUUGAUCAAAAGAGGAAACGUGUCUCGCAAACGACGUAUUUAGAAAAAACAACAUAUUAAUCACUUGGAUACACAUACACAGACGCCACAACCCUUCUCUACUACUAUAACAUUAUUAUAAGAACAACAUGUAACGCCGUUUCACAUGUUUGGAUUACAUGUGAAUAUAGAUCCCCCACAUCGUAUAUCUACUCUGCCUACUUUCUCUUUCCAUUGUAAUAAACUAUUAUGUCUAGGUAAAAUAUAAAUAUCUAUAGAAGAUAAUAGGGACCUUAGUGUAUAUUUUAGCCUCUUCAUGAAAAAACACCUGUGUUGAUUAAAAUAGAUGUCCAACGUAUCCAUCAACUUCCUUUUCUUGAUGAAUUGUUCCGGGAAAAUAAAAAUUGAGAAAACAUUAAUUCCCUCAUCUGCGAAUCUUAAAAAUAUGUAAAUCAUAAUCUCGAACGGCAAAGAUGAUCAGGGUGCAGGUCGGAUGGUGAAGUGGAAAGUGUUCACGCUUUUUACCAAGAUGGCCAAGGUACGAUUCCUCGAACGGACCUGAAAAAGUAUGGAGUCACCUGUCCGAUCACGUAGUUUUUUGGUUUCCUUCAACAUCAAGACCCUCAGGGCGCUAACAUCCGGGCAUGCAAGAGUGAUUAAUAUA